AUGGGCAUCUCCUCAAUAACACAGCACUUCAACGCCCGCCUCGCCGCCUCCGUGCUGCUCAUCGCCCUCUCCCAGUUCAACUAUGGCUUCGACAACCAGGCCUUCACCUCCACCCAGGCCAUGGACGCUUUCGAGCGGCAGUUCGGCGAGUACAACCCCGUCACGAAGACGUACGCGAUCCCGACGUACUUCCUCUCGCUGCUCAACAGCCUCAACUACAUCGACUUCGCCAUCGGGCUGGUCGUCGGCAGCUUAAUCAGCGCGCGCUUCGGGCGCCGCACGACCAUGUUUGUAAUGAGCGUCUACGCGCUGAUCAGUGCGACGGUUGUGGUCACUUCGACGAGGAAAGAGCAGAUUUUGGUGGGGCGGAUAUUGAACUAUGUCUACGUUGGGUUCGAGUUUUCUGUUGUCCCGGUAUACCAGUCUGAAAUCGUGCCUGCCCCUGUGAGAGGUAUGGUAGUUGGGACGUACCAACUCGCCAUCGGUCUCGGCGGCCUCGUCAUCAACUCCAUCUGCCGCGGCACCUCCCAGUUCCAAGACAGCCGCGCCUACAGAAUCCCCUUCGGCCUCUUCUACGUCAUCCCCACAAUCGUAAUCUGCCUGAUCUGGUUCAUCCCCGAGUCCCCCCACUGGCUCCUCAUCCGCGACCGCACCGAAGAAGCCAAAACAGCCCACCACGCCCUCCGCGCCGGCACCAUGCCCGACGCCGCCAUCGCCCUCGAGUUCGCCAAGAUCCAGCAGUCCCUCGCUGACGAGCCCGAGCAGGGCCGCACCCGCGAGCUCUUCCAAGACGUCAACCGCAAGCGCACCGCCAUCGCCGUCGGCAUGUCCUUCUUCCAGCAGGCCACCGGCCAGGCGUUCGCGAGCCAGUACGGCGCGGUGUGGGUCCAGUCGCUCGGCACGCUGAACCCGUUCGACGUCACGCUCGGCUCGUCCGCGCUGAUGAGCGGCAUGAUUAUCCUGUAUGGAUACUCCAAGACUGCAUAUCUGACUUUCUCACAUCGGAAAAUACUGCUCCUCGGCUCCUUCAUCCAAGCCGCCGCCCUCUUCACCAUGGCCGGCCUGGGCGUGCACACCCCGAUCCCGACCUCGUACAAAUCCGGCAUGGUCGGCAUGCUCCUCCUUUUCGGCUCCGGCUUCGGCCUCGGCUGGGGGCCGCUGACCUACGUCGUCGUCACCGAGAUCCCCGCUCUGCGCCUACGCGACCGCUCGCAGCGCGCCUCCUCGCUCGUCAACAUCUUCAUGAACUUUCUCGUCAACUUCACGCUGCCGUACCUGCUCAACAAGCCGUACGCCGGCCUGCAGAGCAAGGUCGGCUUCAUCUUUGGCAGCAUCGCCGUGUGCUCCGCGCUGUUUGUGUUUCUGUGCGUGCCCGAGUGCAAGGGCCGCAGUCUGGAGGAGAUUAGUCGCAUGUUCCACGAGGGCGUGCCCGUACGGCGGUUUGCGGAGCAUCCGAAGUUCGAGGUGGAGGUGGCUGCGGCGAAGGGAGUGGAGGAGGAGGAUGGAGUUGAGCAGCAGACUGUCACUGCGAAGUCGGGUUCGGUGGUUUGA